GGGGGCAAUAGGGACCGGAAGCAGGAAGGCGGUGUUGUCAAUGGGAGAAGACGACUCCUUCGCCAGAGGAUGUGCUUCGCACUCACUGCUGUGGCUAGAUGAACCUCGUAUCGAUGGCAACCGUGGCCACGGUGGCAGAUCCGGAGCUGAAAUGGCUGUCCCUCUGGUUCCGUGUCCGCUGGGCAGUGGCGCUGGUGGUCCUGCUGGCCUCACUGCUUGUGCUGUUGCUCCCGCUGACCUCUGUCGAAGAGCAGUGCCACGCCAUCCUCAAGGGCCUGUGCUGCUUGAAGGGCAGGUUGGGGCUGGGCUACGUGGGGAUCACCGGAUACACGGGGCAGACAACUGGCCUCAGCGUGACUUCGGCUGGACUGGAGCUGCUGGUGCUGAAGUCCAAAGCCCCCCCAGAGGUCCGGUUAGAAGCCAGAGCAGCACUGAAUCAAGCCUUAGAGAUGAAAAGACAAGGGAAACGGGAGAAAGCUCAUAAGCUCUUUUUGCACGCCCUCAAGAUGGACCCAGACUACGUUGAUGCCUUGACAGAGUUUGGCCUCUUCUCCGAAGAGGAGAAGGACAUCAUUCAGGCUGACUACCUGUACUCCAAGGCUCUGACGAUCUCUCCCCACAACGAGAAGGCUCUGAUCAGUCGUGACCGGACAUUGCCCCUGGUCGAGGAGAUUGACCAGAGAUACUUCAGCAUCAUCGACAGCAAGGUCCAAAAAGUCAUGUCCAUCCCAAAAGGGAACUCUGCCCUGCGCCGGGUUAUGGAGGAGUCCUACUACCACCACAUCUAUCACACCGUAGCGAUUGAAGGGAACACUUUAACACUUUCUGAAAUACGACACAUCAUUGAGACCCGCUAUGCCGUUCCUGGGAAAAGCUUGGUGGAACAAAAUGAGGUCAUCGGCAUGCAUGCUGCCAUGAAGUAUGUCAACGCCACACUGGUAUCUAGAAUAGGGUCCGUGACCCUCAGUGACAUUUUGGAGAUCCACAGGCGAGUGCUGGGGUAUGUGGACCCUGUGGAGGCGGGGAGAUUUAGGACUACUCAAGUAUUUGUGGGGCACCACAUUCCGCCUCACCCUCGGGAUGUUGAAAAGCAGGUACUUGAGUUUGUGCAGUGGAUCAACUCUGAGGACGCCAUGAGUUUGCACCCAGUGGAGUUUGCUGCCUUGGCCCAUUAUAAACUAGUUUACAUCCACCCCUUUGUAGACGGUAACGGGAGGACCUCCCGUCUCUUGAUGAACCUUAUUCUCAUGCAGGCAGGCUACCCACCAAUCACCAUCCGCAAGGAACAGCGGGCCGAGUACUACCAUGUGCUGGAGGUGGCCAACGAAGGAGACGUCAGGCCAUUCAUCCGUUUGAUUGCCAAAUGUACCGAGACGACCUUAGACAUGUUGCUUAUUGCUACCACUGAGUAUUCAGUGGGCCUCCCUGAAGCACAUGGCAGCACCACAGACUGCAAGCAGACCCUGCCAGUGAAAACCCGAACAUGAAUGCUGACGUGGAACGGGGGUGAGAAAUGUUCCACAUUUCCAAACAUCUCAAGGGGAAAAACCAUAAAGGCACUUUAAGCAUUUCAUUUAUUUAAAUAAGAUUUAAGUUAAACCUUAUGCACAAUAAUGUUUUAAAAUAUUUAUUAUCCCACUGUGAAAGGCAGCGUGUGGUCCAGUUGGUCUGGGUUUUAUCACAGAAGCAGCAGACCAGCUGCCAAGAAUACUCCAGCACAGAUGCAGCAACUUGAGAUGGAUUCAGAUCAACCCCUUUUCCUAAGAUACGUUCACGUUGAAAGUCACCUACUAUUGACGGUCAAGUGGAAGGACCACCUCAUUUCAGUGUGGGAUGGACUACAUAGCCAGCACUCACUGGGUUUUCGUUGCUUGUCCAAGGAACACUGGCUGGUGUAUGUAGACUUCCCCUCCUCUACAGUAGUUCCACUUGAGAGUCAACUCUUGGUCACUUUCACACGCAGAAGGAAGAAGCUGUUAGAUUGAGUCCACCUCCAGCUAAAUAGCCCCCAUUGUUGUUUGGGUGUGUGCAUGUGGCAGUUGCAUUCCAAGACUGAAACCAUCCACCACCUCUGCGGCCUGAAGUAUGGGCACUAUAGUGCAUGCUCUUGCCUUACUUUCUUUCCAGUGCAACCACUCCUGUGACACUCCUUAACCUGAGCCUGUGUACCUCGAGGCAAGACUGCCAAGGAAAUCCGGGGUCACUGUGCAGAGGCAGGCAAUGGCAAACCACCUGUUCAUUUCUUGCCUUGAAAAUCCCAACAGGGGUCACCAUAAAUCGGCUACAACUGGACAGCACCUUUCACUGCCACCACCUCAAGGGGUCGUCGUUUCUCCAGCAGAGGCUAUGGGGAGUUGAAAAACAAUUUGUGAUGGGGGUGGGGGAGAGCAUCUGCUGUUCCAAAGAAAAAGGCUGCACCCCACUAUACAGGCCUGGAGAUGGCGUCUGGUCUCAAGCUUGAUCCUGUUCCAACUGACUUCAGGGUCUGGUUUAUUCCCCUCCUUAUUUAAAGGGGAAGGUAUAUUAAAGAUGAACAAUUUUGUAAAGCCUUUUUGAUAGCACUUUACCCAGAUUCGCUUAAUAAAAGAAGGCCCUU